AUGGAUAGAUCCAUGAAACAAGCUAACAUUCUUCUUCUACUACUCGUGUUUCUCACAGCAGAAACUAUUGAUAUCAUCUCCUGCAUUGAAAACUCAAAAGGAACUUGUUUUGAAAGUGAGAAGCAAGCCCUUUUAAGGUUCAAGCAGGAUCUUAUUGAUCCAGCAAACCUGCUCUCCUCUUGGGGUGGUGAAGGGGACUACUGCAAAUGGGCUGGAGUUGUCUGUGACAACUUAACUAGUAAUGUCAAGGAGCUCCACCUUCAAAAUCCACUCGCGGAUUGCACCAAUUAUGCUGAUUGUGACACAUAUGUGAGGUCCAGGCUGGGUGGUAAGGUAAACCCUUCCUUACUCAAACUGAAGCAACUGAGUCACUUUGACCUGAGCAACAACGAUUUCAGGGGAAUUCCAAUUCCAAGCUUCAUUAGUUCCUUUGGGAGCUUAAGAUAUCAUAACCUCUCCUAUGCCGGGUUUGGGGGAGUAAUCCCUCAUCAACUCGGGAACCUCUCAAGCUUGCGAUAUCUUGAUCUUGCUGGAGAUUUCGAGGGACUAGUUCCUCAUCAACUGGGAAAUCUUUCAAGUUUGCGUUAUCUCAAACUCCGUGGUGGUUUUGCUGAGAAUCUCCAAUGGCUUAAUGGUCAUUCCUUGUUGAAGCAUAUUGACUUGAGUUAUGUCAACCUUACCAAAGCAUCUGACUGGCUUCAGGUGACAAAUAUGCUCCCUUCUUUGGUAGUUUUACGCUUGUCUGGUUGUGGUCUUGUUCACUUUCCUGCUCUACCUGUCGUUAAUUUUACUUCUCUUGCAACCCUUGAUCUUUCCUUCAAUUCCUUUCAAUCUUCAAUCCCCGAUUGGUUGUUUAUCAGUCUCAAUGGCCUCGAUACUCUUAAUCUUCAAUUCUGUGGUUUUCAUGGGCCAAUUCCUAUUGGUCUUCGAAACAUGACUGUUCUUAGGAAUCUACUUCUGUCCUAUAAUUCGUUCAGUACCAUACCUAACUGGCUGUAUAGUUUUAGCCAUCUUGAAUACCUUGACCUGUCAUUCUGUGACUUGCAAGGUGUGAUCACUAGUGCAAUUGGAAACCUGACUUCUGUAGCUAUGCUUGACUUCUCAUUUAACAAGCUUGUGGGAAAAUUACCUAGAUCUUUUGAAAAUCUUUGCAACUUGAAAGAAAUCGUUUUGUCAGGUACUAGCAUUGGUGGCAGUGUAUCAGAAGUUUUUAAUAUUUUCUCCAAAUGCAUUUUAGGUGGACUGGAAACUCUUGAUUUAUCAGGGACUCGACUUUCUGGCAAUUUUCAUGAUGCUACUCAGCAACUCGCACAAUCUAAAAAUCUGGUAGCCCUCGUGCUUUCUAGUUGUCUUCUUUUCGGUCGCAUUCCAGUAUCUUUGGGGGGAUUAUCGACCUUGCAAUAUUUAGAUAUUAAUAAUAAUUCUCUUUCUAGUCACAUUCCAGCAUCAUUAGGAGAAUUGUCAUCCUUGAAAUAUUUAGAUUUUGCUGAUAAUAACUUGAGCGGACCUGUUCCUGAAAGUCUUGGACAACUUGCAAAGCUAGAAGUAUUUUGGAUGUCUGGAAAUUCAUUACAAGGUGUUAUAUCUGAAGUUCACUUUGCCAACCUCACAAGACUGAGAGAAUUCGGUUGUGCCGAAAAUCAUUUGGUCUUGCAAGCGGAUCCAACUUGGGUUCCUCAAUUUCACCUUGAUAUGCUAGCAUUAGGAUCAUGCCAAUUGGGUCCAAAAUUUCCCCCAUGGCUUCGUUCACAAAAGAAUUUAGCAGUUCUAGAUAUAUCCAAUAAUGGGAUUUCAGAUGUCAUUCCAAAUUGGUUUUGGAACUUAUCUUCCAAGGUUUAUUUUUUAAAUCUCUCUCGCAAUCAUUUCUACGGUGAAAUUGUCGAUAUGCCUUUAGUUUUUUCUAUUUCUACAAUAGUUGAUUUAAGUUCUAACCACUUUAGAGGUAGAUUACCCCAUGUAUCCUCAAAUGCAAUUACGCUGGAUCUUUCUAGCAAUUCAUUUUCAGGUUCUAUUUCCCACUUCCUGUGCUACAAGAUUGAUCAACCAAAGGAUUUGCAACUUUUGAAUCUCGAGGGAAAUCUUUUAUCAGGAGAAAUUCCCGAUUGUUGGAUGAGCUGA